AUGCCCCAAAAAGAAUACCACAACCAAGCCACGUGGGAGUCUGGCGUUGCCUCAAUGAUGCAGAACAAGGUGUAUGACAUCUGUGAUGAAGGUCACAGUGGCGUAAACCAGCUUGGUGGUGUGUUUGUUAAUGGUAGACCGCUGCCGGAUUCCACCAGGCAGAAAAUAGUUGAACUUGCUCACAGUGGCGCUCGACCCUGCGACAUCUCCAGGAUACUGCAGACCCAUGAUGAAGUCCAAGUGCUGGAUAGUGACAAGGUAUCCAACGGCUGCGUGAGCAAAAUCCUGGGCAGAUACUAUGAAACUGGCUCCAUAAGACCGAGAGCGAUAGGCGGCAGCAAGCCCAGGGUCGCCACUCCGGAGGUGGUCGCGAAAAUCGCUCAGUACAAGCGGGAGUGUCCGUCCAUCUUCGCCUGGGAGAUCCGCGACAGACUGCUGUCGGAGGGGAUCUGCACCAACGACAACAUACCCAGCGUAAGUGCGCACACCGUGUCAUCGAUAAACAGAGUCCUCCGCAACCUGGCUAGUGAAAAGCAACAGAUGGGCGCAGAUGGCAUGUAUGACAAGCUGAGAAUGCUCAACGGUCAGACAGGAACUUGGGGGACCCGGCCCGGCUGGUACCCCGGAACAUCGGUGCCAGGGCAGCCCAGCCAAGACGGCUGCCAACAACCAGACGGCGCGGGAGAAAACACAAACUCCAUCAGCUCGAACGGGGAGGAUUCGGAGGAGACACAGAUGCGUCUGCAGCUCAAGAGGAAACUACAGAGGAACCGCACGUCCUUCACGCAGGAGCAGAUCGAAGCGCUGGAAAAAGAAUUUGAAAGAACUCACUAUCCAGAUGUUUUCGCUCGCGAGAGACUAGCAGCGAAGAUCGACCUGCCCGAAGCGAGAAUACAAGUAUGGUUUUCAAACAGAAGAGCAAAGUGGAGGCGAGAGGAGAAGCUGCGGAACCAGCGCCGCCAGGCCAACAACUCCUCCAGUCACAUCCCCAUCAGCAGCAGCUUCAGCACCAGCGUCUACCAGGCCAUGCCACAGCCCACCACACCGGUGUCUUUCACCACGGGGUCAAUGCUGGGCAGACCCGACUCUGCACUCACAAACACCUACAGUGCGCUGCCCCCCAUGCCCAGCUUCACCAUGGGAAACAAUCUAGCUAUGCAACCCAGCCAGACCUCCUCUUAUUCCUGCAUGCUGCCUACCAGUCCGCCUGUGAACGGGCGGAGCUACGACACAUACACGCCCCCUCAUAUGCAGGCACAUAUGAACAGCCAAUCAAUGACCACUUCUGGUCCCACCUCAACAGGACUCAUCUCUCCUGGAGUGUCUGUCCCUGUCCAAGUACCCGGGGGCGAGCCUGACAUGUCUCAGUACUGGUCCAGACUACAGUAG